AUGACUUGCCAAGCGAGGACCUCUUACACUGAGGACGAGGUUCUAUGGGGACAUCGUUUCUUCCCAGUCAUCUCCCUGGAGGAGGGGUUCUUCAAGGUGGACUACUCUCAGUUUCACGCCACGUUUGAGGUCAACACUCCCCCGUACAGCGUGAAGGAGCAGGAGGAAAACCUGCUCAUGUCCUCUCCACUCAUGGCCCCGUCCCUGUGCAACAGCGGCGAGGGAGGGAAGAACAGCUCCAUGGACUGCCUGGAGAACCUGGAGGACAAGGAGAGCACCACCACCAAGCUGCCAUCCAAGCUGCAGAAGAUGCAAGGGGGUGGCUGCGGACGGGACGGGCUGCCCAUGCCUAGGAAGCUGCUGAGGAUGAGCUCCACCACUUCGGAGAUGAUCUACCCCGGGAGCAUGGGGGAGCUGCCCAUGAAGCUGCAGCGCAUCAGCUCUGUCCCCGGCGUCUCCGAUGAGAAACAGAUGAGCAAGAUGGUCUCCAAGAUCAGCUCCGAUCCCAUCAGCCAAUCCGUGGCAGACUUGCCCCCCAAGCUGCUAAGGAUGCAGGGGGUUGGGGGGGUAGGGGGCCGAAUGGACGGACACCUGCCCCCGAAACUCAGAAAGAUGAAUUCCGACCGCUUCACGUAGAAUGGGCAACCCGUUUUAACUUAUCACACCCCAUACCCUUAUUCCAACCCUUGUAUUAUUUCAAAUGUAUUAAAAGACAUGAUUCUUAUACUCAAGAAAAUGUAGUGUAUAUAUUCGUACAGAUAUACCUUCUAUAAAGGGGGGUGAUGGAACACAGAACAUUUGUUCCUGGAUGGAAGCAUACGUGCUAUGAUGAAAGACCUCUGAUUUUUUCAGGAAAAUGUACGAUUAGCACAAUCUGGCAUGUCCAAUACACUAACCGCAUGCAAAACAGAUUCGCUCUAAUUUCUGGCAUGACAUUUAUUGCUGUAUUAUUUUACAGAGAUGAUUUGAACAGUGACAUUACAUACAAUGGGUCCGAACAUUUGCACAACGCCACGUGGUUUACAAAAAUGGAAAACCUACAUUACAUGGGUCUCAUUUACGGCGGAGAAGGCUGCAUACGUUUGAUUUGAGUUGGCCGCUUUUGUUGUUUACUGUAAAAUUGUGUGGCAACGCUCUGUUAAAUGCAUGCUACUAUUAUUGUCUUAGCUAGACAAAGGUAAUAGACACAGAUGUUUAGCCUUUACUAUAUUACCUUGUUUCCAUUUCCACGUUUGUUCACGGCUGUAUUUUUGGUAUUUCACGUAUAGGAGGAUGUCUUACCAUGUGCAAUUUUUACACCUUCCUUAGUUCAGCAAGCGUACGGUAUGUUGUUGGGCGACGCAAUCUAUAUUUGCAAAUGCAUGGUCCACAUCAUAUGACAGAUUGGAACUGGGCACAAUCUUAUUAACCAACGUGAGUUUACUUUACAAGGUAACACUUAUGUUGGAAGGGCCAAUACUACCGCCUUAUAAGCACAACAUAACCAUUACACAACACACAGGACACUAUUUUGGGUACUGUUCAUGGCAGGAAGCAUUUAUGGUGUUUUGACAAAUGUCCUGAGCAGUACUGCACAAUGCCUCUUUUACAUGGAAGUUAAAACAACUGAACACACGGUCGUGUAUGCCUUCUCAAACAGUCGUUUUGAAGUUCAAAUGAUUAUUUAUUCGACUUUUCAUUGAAAACAUGUGCACCAAAAUUUCGAGUUAACUGUCACCGCAUAGAUCUAGAUUUAGAGGUGGACCUAUAUUUAGGAAAAAGUAACCACCUUUGUCUUAAGAGUCUAUUAUGCUCUCUCUUAAACUAAAGCAAUAAUGUUAUUCUUAAUGACUAUAAUCUUUAUAUACCCACAGGGUCUGCAGCAGCCCCAUUACCAGUAUAUUUACUGAAUCAAUGCCAUGGAACCUGGUCCUACUAAAACCACCAAUGACAUUGUAUGAUACUCAAACUCUUCAGGAAUAAAGAUCUAAGAGGCAAUUGUUGACACGUU